AUGGCUAUUGCAAGGGAUUUGAAGGGUGACAAUAAUAAUGUAAUCUCAAUUAUCGGUGAUGGUGCUAUGACGGCCGGCCAAGCUUUUGAAGCCAUGAACAAUGCCGGUUAUCUUCAAUCUGACAUGAUUGUUAUUCUAAAUGACAAUAAACAGGUCUCUUUGCCUACUGCUGAUCUUGAUGGUCCUAAACAACCUAUGGGUGCUUUGAGUAGAAAUCUUAGUAAGUUACAAUUAAAACAACCUAUUAAAAAAAUCAGAGACGUUGCCAAGGAAGUAACUAAAGAAAUUGAUGGAGCUUUGCACAGUGGCAGGAUUAGCGGUUCUGGAUCAACACUAUUUGAAGAGCUUGGACUUUGCUAUAUUGGUCCUAUUGAUGGUCAUAACGUUGAUGAUCUUGUUGCUAUUCUCGAAGAAGUUAAGAGUACUAAGAAAACUGGUCCUGUACUAAUUCAUGUUGUCACUAGAAAAGGUUGUGGAUAUCCUUAUGCAGAAAGAGCAGCAGAUAAGUACCAUGGAGUUAACAAGUUUGAUCUUGCUACUGGAAAACAGUUCAAGACCAAGGCUCUUACCCCGGCAUUCACAGCAUGCUUUGCUGAUGCUUUGAUUGCAGAAGCAGAAGUUGACGAAAACAUUGUUGGAAUUCACGCUGCAAUGGGAGGCGGAACUGGAAUGAAUCAGUUCCUUCGCCGUUUCCUUACAAGGUGCUUUGAUGCAGGGAUAGCAGAACAACAUGCUGUUACAUUUGCUGCAGGUCUAGCUUGCGAAGGUUUUAAGCCUUUUUGCACUAUUUACUCAACCUUCUUGCAGAGAGCCUAUGACCAGAUAGUGCAUGAUGUGGCCGUGCAAAAGCUGCCAGUAAGAUUUGUGGUCGACAAAGCUGGAUUCAUUGGAGAAGAUGGUCCAACACACUCUGGUCAUUUUGAUAUCACCUUUAUGGCAUGUCUCCCUAACAUGGUGGUGAUGGCUCCUUCCGACGAAGCAGACAUGAUCCACAUGGUUGCUACUGCUGUUGCCAUUAACGAUCGGCCUAGUUGUAUCCGAUUUCAAAGGGUAAAUGGAAUUGGUGUUGAACUACCACCAGGGAGUAGAGGCACUCCUCUUGAGAUUGGAAAAGGUAGGAUAUUGAUUGAAGGGGAAAGAGUGGCCCUUUUGGCUUUUGGAACAGCAGUGCGGAACUGUGUAGUUGCAGCUUCCAUAUUGGAACAGCGUGGCUUACAUGUAACGGUGGUCGAUGCACGUUUCUGCAAGCCAUUGGACCAUUCGCUCAUUCGCAGCCUAGCCAAAUCACAUGAUGUUUUGAUCACAGUGGAAGAAGGAUCAGUAGGAGGAUUUGGAUCUCAUGUUGGUCAGUUCAUGGCCCUUGAUGGUCUUCUUGAUGGAAAAUUGAAGUGGAGGCCAAUGGUUAUUCCUGAUAUUUGUAUUGAGCAUGCUUCGCCUGCUGAGCAAACGGCUGUAGCUGGUCUGACAUCAUCUCAGAUAGCAGCAACUGUGUUCAACAUUCUUGGACAAACAAGAGAGGCACUAGAGAUGGUUACCGUGGCAUGAGAAAUAAGUGUUAUCCUUUGUAAAAUGACUAAUAAAAAGACAUGUACACUUUACAAAGUUGGAUUUCAAUUGAAAGACUGGAAAAAUAAUGGGUUU